AUGCAGGAGUGGAGCAGCGCCAUCAACAACUACAGGAUGCGGACGUACCUGCACAUGAUGGGCUUCCGGGCGGACGACGUCCUGCGUUUCAUCCGGUUGUUGUGCAAGGAAGCUCCGGAGCACAAGAUCGACAUCGACACCUUCAUUCGAGGGUGCAUGCACCUGAAGGGUCCCGCCUCGUGCUUCGACAUGCAGACCAUGCUCGCCUCGAUACAAUCCGUGGAUGCUCGGAUUCAGAGCAACUUUGUAGCGAUGCAGCGAAUGCUGUCCUAUGUGAACAUGUCUCGGACAUGUCCUGACUCCAAGAAUCGGGCACAGCGCCGAGGCAAAGUCGCCGCAGCCUGCCAGGCACAUCGUAUCCUUCUGAGCCCAGGGCUGCUGUCACUCGGUCACCCAGCGCAGGCGAGCUCUGCAAGCACCGAGCAGAGUUCGGCGGUGCCCCCUUUCAGCCUUGUGUGCCACUGCGCGUCUGCAGGCAUCCUUCCAUCAGGACUCGAUGUUUCCCCCCGCCCCCUAUCUUUGCCCCUCAUUCCAGGGACGGCAUGGCCAAUGCCCGCCGCUCUCGUCAUGCGAAGGUCUGGACACGUCAUGGUGUGGUGGAGCGUCACGCAGCCACGAGGUCUCCUUGGCGGUUCGCGUUUUCACCGCCUCGCGCCGGUUUCUCGCUGGCGGUGCGCGUCGAGCAACCAGGACGUCUCCCCGCCUGUGCCGAGAUCCGAUGAGCUUGUUCUCCGCACCCUGGCUGGCGGGUUGUCCCUUCUCUCCUCCCCUCCUUUCCUCAGCGGCCGUGGUCAUUUUCCCGCCCCGCACCCUCGCCCCCUCUCCCUGAGCUGCGAGGCUACAGGGUGUCGUACCCCCGACCUGUGGCAUGUUCUCACACAGGUCGCCACGACACGACCGUGCCACAGCCCGACGGCGCGCCCGUGCCGCGCAGCGGCCCGAGAGCCACCGACGGGCACGCCACAUGCUCGAGCGGCACCCGCUCGCUCGCCCUCUGCAAGGCGACGGCGUGGGGGCCCGCCGGCGCUAGUGUCGCAGCUGAACGUUCAGCGAUGGCGGAGCUCUCCGAAAGUUGCGUUCACUGUGCAGCUUUUUUGUUUCUAG